CCACCCUAGAACAGACUUCUACAACAAACUCAUCUGCAGCUUUCUCAUAAAAACUUUCCUACACACUCCAAGCCAAUAGCUUCACUCAAAACAUACUCUCAACAUGAAAAUCUCUUCCGUCAUCCUUGCAUUGUCUGCUGUCGUUGCCAUGACUCAGGCUCUUGCUCCUAUCACUCCUUCCAGCGACAUUGCACCUUUGAAUAAUGGCGUAAAUGUCAACAACAUGGUUCCUAGUUUGCUUAAGCGCCAUGUCGCCGCCGCUGCAGUCGAUGCCGAUGUCAAGGUCGAUGCUCUCGUUGUUGUAGUAGCCGAUAUCGUUCUCGAUGUUAAGGCCAAGCUUAAUGCUUUUAUUGCUGCUCAAGUUGAGGCCAAGUUGAAGGCCGAUGUCAGCCUUGUUGGCCUUGUUGAUAUCCGCGCCAAGGUGGAUGCUGCUGUUCAAGCCACCAUUGAUCUUUACUUGGGACUUGAUGUCAAUGCCGAUAUUCAAGUUGCAUUGGCAGCUAUUGUCGAUGCUCACGUCAGCGCCAAUGUUGAUGCUGAUGCCAAGGCCAUCGCUGCUGAUGUCAAGGCCUUGAUUGAAGCACGCCUCAAUGCUUUGGUCGCUCACGUCGAUGCCAAGGUCCUCGCUGCUGUCUAUGCUGCCAUCGGAGCUUCUGUCAAUGUUGGUGUUGGUGUUGAUCUUGACGUCGAUGUUCACGCUGAGGUCCUUGCUCUCCUUGCUGAGGUUAAUGUCGAAGCCAUCAUCGCCGCCCUUGUCAACCUUUAAAGGGAUCUCCUCAAAGAAAGCAAAAAAUCACCCUAGACAAAUUCCUACUUUUUAUAACCUACAAACCUAUCUAAUUCCACUUAUUUAGCCUCUAUCUAUAAUUCUCCAUCUUUCUCUCGAAAAGUCUCUUUUUUGCUGCGCAUUUAAGAGAAUAGCUAAUUGUUUUGUAAUACAAAGAAACCAUUAAUUAAUCU